AUGGACCAGGCCAUUGCCGGCCUUUCAGCUGGCAUUUGUUCAACGUUGGUCAUGCAUCCUUUAGACUUGGCAAAGGUUCAAAUGCAAGCAUCUUCAAAUCCAAAGGGUAUUUCUUUACUUCAUGUUUUACGAGAUAAUUUAAAAUACACGGGCUCUAUUCGUUCUCUUUAUCAUGGACUAGGUGUUAACACGCUUGGCUCGGCUAUAAGUUGGGGUACGUACUUUUAUGUGUAUGGUUUUACAAAAAGUUUAUUCUUGGGUGCGCCGUCCUCGGAGCCUAUUCCAAUCACAGCUAUGCAGACAUUAAUAAGUUCAGCAUUCGCGGGAUGCAUCGUGGCAGCUCUUACAAACCCAAUGUGGGUAGUAAAGUCACGAAUUUUAUCAAGAACUGCGGAUCAAAGCAAUCCUUUUUAUGUUCUCUACCAGCUUUUGAGAAAAGAGGGAGUGAGAGGAUGUUAUGCUGGUUUUACACCCUCUCUUUUAGGCGUUUCACAAGGUGCCUUGCAGUUUAUGGCUUACGAAAAACUCAAAAUUUGGCAUAAGGGACAACCAUCGAAUGUAGACUAUUUAAUCAUAUCUGCUGCAUCCAAGGUAUUCGCUGCCAUUAACAUGUAUCCACUCCUUGUUGUUCGCACUCGUUUGCAGGUGUUUCAUCCAGGACUAUCAACUCUUGAUAUGUUCAAAACUAUAUGGAAUGUGGAAGGCCCCUUGGCUUUUUAUAAGGGGUUUCAACCUCAUUUAUUGAGAGUUAUCCCUCAAACCUGCAUUACAUUCUUAGUGUAUGAGCAAGUAGGUUCACAUUUCAAAUCCCGGGCAUCUCUUUGA